AUGGAUCAACAAUAUUCCAGGGACUUUCCGAUCCUAUCCUAUAUCCUGUCAAAGCUCGACCCUGAAUCCAAUCCACCACUCUCACCCCAACUCCAAGAAACUCUGUUGACUCAGCUUCCCCACCUGACCCACCCCAAAGUCCUUGCCUCCAUGACCCACCUCAUCCCCACCACCCUCUCUCAGACCCUCUCCCUGCUCCGGGCCCUCGGUACUCCACCCGACCCUUCCACCGUGGUUGUGGCACGUGCCAAGAUCGCUGAAAUCCAGUCUAAGCUCCAAAACAGUAGUAGUAGUGCCCUUCAAGAAACCCAGAACUACUCACAAGUGAGAGAAGCGGCAGAGAAAGAGUUGGAGAUAUACAAGGCGGUGGUGAGGUUGGAGGAGAUACACGAGACCUAUGAGGAACAGUUGAGGGAUGUGGAAGUGAGGCUUGCUGAGGCAUAUGGUUCGGUCGUGGUUGAUUUAGAAAAGGAGGAGGGGGGUGAGGUGAUAAAACUGGACGAGGAAGUGGUCAGGAUUUUGAAGGAGGCAGAGAGUGGGGUAGCUGUUGAAAGAGUUGAGCUUUGUGGGCGUCAUCUGAGGUUUCUACCUGAGGCCUUCGGGAAGCUUCAUGGGUUGGUCUCUCUCAACCUGUCAAACAAUCAGCUACAGUCCAUUCCAGAUUCAAUAGCAGGACUUGAGAACCUCGAGGAGCUCCAUGUUUCGUCCAAUCUUUUAGUUUCCUUGCCCGACUCCCUCGGAUUGUUGCUUAACCUGAGGAUCCUCAAUGUGUCAGGAAACAAGCUGGAUGCCCUUCCUGAAAGCAUUGCUCGUUGCAGUUCACUGGUGGAGCUAGAUGCAAGCUUUAACAACCUGAUGUGUUUGCCAACAAAUAUUGGUUAUGGGCUACUGAAUCUCGAAAGGCUCUCAAUCCACUUGAAUAAAAUCCGUUCCCUUCCUCCAUCCAUCUGUGAAAUGAGGUCACUGAGAUAUCUAGAUGUUCAUUUCAAUGAGCUUCGUGGGCUGCCACAUGCAAUUGGGAGACUGACAACUCUUGAGGUGCUCAACCUGUCCAGCAACUUCAGUGACUUGACAGAGCUUCCUGAAUCAAUUGGUGAUUUAACCAACCUCAGGGAGCUUGAUCUAAGCAACAACCAGAUUCGAGCUCUUCCCGCAAAAUUUGGCCUGCUUAGAAACCUAAACAAGCUCAACUUGGAUCAGAACCCGCUCGUGAUUCCACCAAUGGAGAUAGUAAGUCAAGGGGUUGAAGCUGUCAAGGAAUACAUGGCACAGAGGUGGCUCGAUAUCAUAGCAGAGGAACAACAGAGGAGCAUGCUUGAAGCAAGCAAACAAACAGCUCAGACUGGAUGGCUGGGUUGGGGAACCUCCUUGUUGAAUAACUUGGUUUCUAGGGUCUCCGAUGGUGUUGCAGGUAAUCUUGGAGGGAAGAAAGAUUCUAGAGACGCAUGUCUUGAUCAACAGUUGUGA